AUUUCACGAGAUUCAAUAUGUCAGCCCCCAGGAGUGUGUAAACAAACGAGUUCAAAGUUCGACCAACAGGCAUCUGUGCUAGUUGAAACUGUUUGUACACAUUGACAGUCAGAAUGAGCUUAAGCAAAAGCAAGGAAGACAAUCCUGUUGAAAAGGCAUUGAAGGCAUAUUUGAAACUAUUGCAGGAAAAGCCUAUUUUAACGAAGGCUUGCACAAGUGCUGUAGUGUCGUCCCUCGGCAACAUCGUAUCCCAGCUGAUUGUUCCCAACCCGCAGACCAAGGGCAGGAUAGCAUGGAGGAGCACCCUCGCAUACGCUACUUUCGGGUUCUGUGUGAGCGGGCCAGUCUUCCACUACUUCUACGUCAACCUGGAGAAGUUCUUCCCUAAAGGCAGUCCCAACGCAGCUCUCAAGAAAGUCUUGUUUGAUCGCUUGAUCUUCACACCUCCCUUCAUCUUCCUCUUCCUCUAUGUGGUGUCGGUCCUGGAGGGUCAAGGGCAUGCUGCCUCCAUGCAUAGGAUCCGAGAAACCUACUGGUACAUCCUGAAGAUGAACUGGAAAGUGUGGACCAUCAUCCAGUUCAUCAACAUCAAAUACAUUCCCGUCAAGUACCGUGUUCUGUUCGGUAAUGCCGUGUCUCUCAUCUGGUCCGUCUUCAUCUCCUACAAGCGAAGGUCGAUGGUCUCCAGCUGAUAAUGUGACCUCCCACAGAUCAUGUGACUUUCAAACAGAUCAUGUGACCUUCAACAGAUCAUGUGACCAACAGUGGACAAAGAGAUGGCAUUUUAUUUAUGGCAAAGAGAUGGGCCUCACAAGAUGUAGCAACCAGUUAUUCAGACACAGAUGCAUGUAAUAGUUAUACAUUGUGUUAAUUACUCUAAUAUCAACAUUGUGCCUAUAUCGAUGGAGUAUCUCAAUAUGAUACAGUGAUGCAGGAUAAUAUGUUUGUGUACCUUGUGGAAAUAAUUUUUCAACAAUACAAGCGAGUCGGGCUAGCCAGUUUUAGAUUUAAGCAGCCAUUUUACCCCUACCAAAUACAUGGAAAAUCUGGGAGAAGAGACUUCAAAUUUAUUUCAAGUUUCAACCAAGUCAGAGUAUAAAUUGAAGGUGAUAUGUCCCCAAAAACAAAUGAGGGUGUGAAAGUGUCGCCAUGGGAACAAGAACCAGAAAGGGGAGCAAUGAGAUCAAUCUUUGCAAUAUAUAGUGUUGGUGGAAUUGAUAGGGAA